CAGCCACGGGCCAAAAGUCAGUUAUGUCGGGUAUCCCUGCCGAGGCUCUCGUUCCUUAGCCUGGCCCCUGCCCUUCACGAACCCCUGCAGGCACAGGGACAUGGAGGACCCCUUCCUGAAGCACGUUCCUUUGUCGCUGUCUCCUCCUCAUCAGCCGUAGAAAGCCCGUCAGCCUUCUUAACUCGGGCUUGCUGCUGACGGUGACCGCGCUUUUCGAUGCCCAGCCAAAUUGUACAAAGCCGUCGUCACAGGCCGACACCUCCGCCUCGAACUCUACCUAGUGCCUUCUGCUUUACUUUUUUUUUCAUAUGAAAUCUGCUUGGUUCUAUUUCUUGAUCUUGCGCCCCAACGGUCCUUUCCACCAUUCCCUACCUUAGACGCUCCCUUUUUGUGUUCAUGCUCCCGACGAGCCUAGGACGUAUCAUCGACCUGCACCACUCCUUCUGUCGUUUCAGCUGAGCUGGCCGUCAACCCGACUUUUCUUCCACUCCCACUUUAUCAACCUGACGACAGCAUCUCGCAAACUUGCAGGUGCCCAUACCCAGAAGCACAAGGAUUGCGCACCAUGACUUCAGAAUCUGGUCGGUCCGACAGGGAGGGCUCAAUCGCCUCGUCCCACACCGAGACGGGCGGCGUCGACGACCACAACGAGAAGAUGGCCCCGCUCCGAGAUGACGAGAGCUUGACCGCCCUCAAAUCACCAACAUCCGCCUACCACGACAGCGACCAUGACCGCGAGGAUGAGGAGCUCCUUCCGCAGGUGGAGGAGAAGCCAGAGCCGCCCAAGGGCAGCAUGGCGUCAUCAAUAGUAUGGAUGGUCGUCAACACCCUGGCCACCAUUGGCAUCGUCUUCGUCAACAAGGCAAUCUUCUCCGACCCGUCGCUCAAGCUGGCACAGCUCACAUUCGCCGCAUUCCACUUCACCAUCACAUGGCUCACCCUAUACGUCCUCUCGCGGCCUCGCUUCGCCUUCUUCACCCCUCGCCGCGCAUCCAUCCGCGAUAUCCUGCCGCUCUCCGUCUCCAUGGCCCUCAACGUCAUCCUGCCGAACCUGUCCCUCGCAUUCUCCACCGUUACCUUCUACCAGGUCGCCCGGAUCCUGCUGACGCCCUGUGUCGCCCUCAUGAACUACGUCCUGUACCACCAGACCCUCCCCACCAACGCCAUUAUCGCCCUCGUCCCCGCCUGCGCCGGAGUCGGUAUCGUGAGCUAUUACGACAGCCUGCCCGCCGCCGAUGCCAACAUCAAGACCACCAGCGGCCUAGGCGUGAUCUUCGCCUUCGCCGGCAUCUUCGCCAGCUCCCUGUACACUGUCUGGAUCGCGUCCUACCACCGCAAGCUCCAGAUGAGCUCCAUGCAGCUUCUGUUCAACCAGGCCCCUGUCUCGGCCUUUAUGCUGCUCUACGUGAUCCCCUUCGUGGACACCUUCCCCGUGUGGAGCACCGUGAGCGUCAGCCGCUGGGUGAUGAUCCUGAUGUCCGGCGGCUUUGCCUCUCUUAUCAACAUCUCUCAAUUCUUCAUCAUCGCCCAGACGGGGCCGGUGUCCAGCACCGUCGUCGGCCACGUCAAGACAUGUUCUAUUGUCGCCCUUGGCUGGGCCACGUCCGGCCGCGCUAUCGGCGACAAGUCCGUGCUGGGCGUCAUGAUUGCCAUCGGGGGUAUCAUGGCAUAUUCGUGGGUAAUGCUGAAAGAAAAGCAAAAGCAGCAGGGCAAAUAAGCUCUUGUCAUUGUUCCAGCUGGCGUUGUUAUGCUUCUUUUGAUUUUCAAGCUUGGCAUACAAAUUCCAUUUCAUAUAUAAUAUAUACCAUAAAGAUUCUACAUGCAUAGUAUCCAACUGGGUGGCGAGGGACUUGACCCGUCCACCCAUACCAAUAGAACAACUUCACAGAGAAGAAAAAUGUUCAAGAAAAAGAUCAGCAGCGGCAGACGGGAGUUGCCGAAUGUCCAUGUCCCCCUGGCCAGUAGAUGAGUCAAUCUCUAUGAGACAGUCUUGUCCGCUCAGCUUGCACGGAUUCGCAUCCCCGUAAUCUAAAUAUUCAAAUGUUUUACCACACCCUAAAUGGUUUCGCUUCUACUCCGCAUACAUCUUAGGACAUACAUGGCGCCUUCAUACGGUGGU